AUGUAUUACGUGGUCUCCAACCUCGUGAUGCCUUUGACCCGUAGCCGACGGCUCUCAUACGCCGAGCUCGCAGGUCCGAACAAAGUCAAUUGGUUCAUCUCACAUUUUUGGGGCACAUCCUUCCGCCACUUUGUCUUCAGCAUCCGGAAGCAUGCGGAGAGCGUGGCCGUGGUGAACAACUACAUUGGCAACUGGGCCGAUCGCACGUAUUGGAUUUGCAGCCUCAGUAACAAUCAAUGGAAUGUCGCGGAGGAGGUCGGGCAAAGCUGGGAGGAGUCAUCCUUCUAUCUGACGCUGACCUGCGGGUAUUGCGCUGGAACUGCCAUGAUCCUUGAUGACGAAGCGAUGCCGUUGACACGAGCAUGGUGCUUGUUCGAGGUGCUGCAGACGAAGGAAAUCGGCGAUCGCCAAAAUAGUUUCGAAGGACUUUGGCUGUGCACUGCCACGGGUGUCCUGCACAAGGGCAAGGCGGGUGUUGAUGUCGCCAUGCGCAUAGCCGAGCGGCUAUCAACAUUGAAGCUGGAAGAUGCAACUGCCUCCGUGCAAAAGGAUAAGGACAUGAAGCCCGGCACAGGUUCAUGGUUUGGGAAUUUCUGUAUUCAUGGGCUUCUCUGCGAUCGUGGGCCCGGUUCACACCUAAACCCCAGAAAUGGCCCUCUUGAUUCUGCUUCAGCUAGUUGCAGGGUGUUGGAGAUAGUUCGGUGGUAG